AUGGCUUCCCUGCUUCUUUCUUUUGUGCUGCUUCUUUUGCUCACUGUUUCUUCAGCGGAGUCCAAGACUUUCUGGGCCGACGUGGCAGCUCUUAAGGAGUUCAAGAACUCGGUCGAUCCCAAAUCGAUAAGCCCUGGCUCUUGUCUCAGUUCCUGGGAUUUCUCCGUCGAUCCCUGCGACGGUUUGUCCGGCGAGACAUUCACCUGUGGUUUCCGUUGCGACUCCGUCGUUUCCGGAUCGGGUCGGGUCACGGAGCUAAUUCUCGACCAAGCCGGCUACUCCGGCUCCCUCUCCUCCGUCUCCUUCAACUUUCCUUAUCUCCAGGCCUUCGAUCUCUCCGGCAACUACCUCUCCGGUCCGCUUCCCGACUCUCUCUCCAAUCUCACCCGCCUCACCCGCCUCUUCCUCGCCGGAAACUCCUUCUCAGGAUCCAUACCCGAUUCUCUCGGGUCCAUGCCGGUUCUGGAGGAGCUCCUCCUCGACAACAACCGCCUCGACGGCUCCGUUCCGGCGAGUUUCAACGGUCUAACCAGCCUGAAACGGCUAGAAAUCCAGCUCAACAACAUCUCCGGCAAAUUUCCCGAUCUGAGUUCGCUCAAGAACCUCUACUACCUAGACGCGAGCGAUAACCGGAUCUCCGGUCCGGUUCCGUCGUCGUUGCCGGAAUCGGUAGUCCAAAUCUCCAUGCGAAACAACCUCAUGGAAGGAACAAUCCCGGAGAGCUUCAGAAAGUUAAACUCUGUAGAAGUUGUGGAUCUUAGCAACAACAAACUCAGUGGCUCGAUCCCAUCAUUCAUUUUCACUCACCAAACUCUGCAGCAGCUAACACUCUCCUUCAAUGGCUUCACCUCCCUGGAUUCACCUUACUACUCACCCUUGGGUCUCCCCAGCGAGCUAAUAUCCGUGGAUCUCAGCAACAACCAGAUCCAAGGCCCAUUACCUCUGUUCUUGGGUCUACUACCGAAGCUCUCGGCCUUGUCGUUGGAGAAGAACAGCUUCUCCGGUAUGAUUCCGACCCAGUACGUCUGGAAAACCGUAUCGCCCGGAUCCGGAUACGCCGGGUUUCAGAGGCUAUUACUAGGCGGCAAUUACUUAUUCGGAGUCGUACCGGGUCCUUUGAUGACGCUCAAGCCUGGAUCAAGGAACGUGCAGCUCGAAGGAAACUGCUUCUCGUGGUGUCCGGCGACGUUUUUCUUCUGCCGGGGACAAGAACAGAGAUCUCUUACGGAAUGCAGAAAGUUUAGUCGUGUAAUUCCUUGA